GCAAAAUGAAUUGUGUUCCCUUUGGUUUUUAUAAAUAUACUACGGACUUACCCGCAAACCUUUCUUACUCGUAUAUACACCCGCGCGCACAGACAUUCUGUAAGGUCCUCUCCACCAAACCUUCCUAAUCCAUGUCUGAGGAGAAGAGAUGGGUGUUGACGGUGACAGCGCAGACGCCGACGAACAUAGCCGUCAUAAAGUACUGGGGGAAGAGGGAUGAGAACCUCAUCCUCCCCAUCAACGAUAGCAUCAGCGUCACCCUCGACCCCGCCCACCUCUGCACCACCACCACCGUCGCCGUCAGCCCUUCCUUCCACCAAGAUCGCAUGUGGCUUAAUGGGAAGGAAAUACCACUUUCCGGAGGAAGAUACCAAAAUUGUCUGAGGGAAAUUAGAUCCCGAGCUUGUGAUUUUGAGGAUGAGGAGAAGGGUAUUAAGAUUUCAAAAAAGGAUUGGGAGAAGUUGCAUCUGCAUAUAGCUUCUUAUAAUAACUUUCCUACUGCUGCGGGCUUGGCUUCUUCCGCUGCUGGCUUUGCCUGUCUUGUUUUUUCCCUUGGAAAGCUAAUGAAUGUGAAAGAAAAUAAUAGUCAACUUUCUGCUAUAGCAAGGCAAGGUUCAGGAAGUGCUUGCCGCAGUCUAUUUGGUGGAUUUGUAAAAUGGGUCAUGGGAAAAGAUGAAAGUGGAAGCGAUAGUCUUGCUGUUCAACUUGUAGAUGAGAAGCAUUGGGACGAACUGGUUAUCAUAAUUGCAGUGGUAAGUUCAAGGCAGAAGGAAACAAGUAGCACCAGCGGAAUGCGUGACACGGUUGAAACCAGUCCACUUAUACAUCACAGGGCGAAGGAGGUAGUUCCAAAAAGAGUACUUCAAAUGGAGGAAGCAAUUAAAAAUCGCGAUUUUGCAAUGUUUGCGCACCUAACAUGCACAGACAGCAACCAGUUUCAUGCAGUUUGCCUGGACACUUCUCCUCCUAUAUUCUACAUGAAUGAUACAUCUCAUAGGAUAAUCAGCUGUGUAGAAAAAUGGAAUCGUUCAGAAGCAACUCCACAGGUUGCUUACACUUUUGAUGCUGGGCCAAAUGCUGUCAUGAUUGCUCGCAAUAGAAAGGCCGCUACCCUUCUUCUUCAGAAGCUCCUCUUCUACUUUCCUCCACAGUCUGAUACUGAUCUAACCAGCUAUGUCAUAGGAGAUAAUUCAAUACUGGAGGAUGCCGGAAUCAAGGAUUUGAAGGACAUAGAAGCUCUACCCGCACCUCCAGAAAUUAAGGAUAGUGUUGUUCCAGCUAAGAACAAGGGCGAUGUUAGUUACUUCAUCUGCACAAGACCGGGAAGAGGUCCAGUUGUGAUUACUGAUGAGAGUCGUGCUCUCCUCAACCCAGAAACAGGGUUGCCCAAGCAAUGAUGAACCCGUCUUAUCCAAAGUAUUGAAACUUGUCCCCCCUGUUUUGUUUACAUUUCCUUUUACUGAGUAGAUAGCUGUGUACUCGAAUCACAUCCCAGAGAAAAUCAUUCUCUUUUUCAUCACUACGAGUUUCUGAUUGGUUUAAAUUACAAGUUUUGUUUUUGUUCUGGAAAUAAGACUCAACCACUUCUAAAAUAUAAGUCUUAAUCAAGUAACUCCUUGUAUUAGGACUUGAUUCUUUUCACUGUUUCCGCACAUUACUAGUGUUUAACUAUUUUUUUCUGAUGUUGAAAAAGAGUACAUUUGAAA